AUGACAAAGGCAUUCCGUGAGAUCAUAGGCAUCGCGCCGUCUACCGCAUCGACAAGCGAUAGUGUCUUACUUAUCAUUGACGCUCAGAAUGAAUAUAUCAACGGUCUUCUAAAAACUGAAAACGUCGACUCUUCACGCCAAGCCAUCGUGUCUUUAUUAGCCAAGUACCGGGCAGCCAACGCGCCCAUCGUACACAUCGUCCACGAAACCCCCGCCCAGGCACCCGUUUUCACGCCAGGCACUGAUCUAGCUAAAGAAUUCGCCGAGCUUGAGCCCAAAUCCGGCGAGCAUGCUGUGACGAAGUUAUAUCCCGGAUCGUUCGCGGGCACUGACUUGGACGAGAUUAUUAAGAAGACCGGGAGGAACAAGUUGGUUUUGACGGGGUAUAUGGCGCAUGUUUGUGUUAGUACUACGGCGAGACAGGCUGCCCAGAGGGGAUAUGAUGUUAUUGUUGCGGAGGAUGCCGUUGGGGAUAGGAAUAUUCCUGGGGUGAAGGCAGAGGAUUUGGUGAGGAUUGUUUUGGCUGAGCUGGGGGAUGCUUUUGGGACGAUUGUAAGGAGCGAGAAUAUUAAUUAA